GUCAGAAUUUGAAUGCCCUGUAUUUUUUUCAAAAAUUUUAUAAAGACGCUAAAACACGUUCAAGCAUGUUCAAGCGCUUCUCUAAGUUGGUUAAUGGGAGGAUGUUUGUGCUUAGAUGAGGAUAAGAUUCGAGUUUAAAUCCGUUCAAAUAACAGUUAAUACUACCAUGGAUAAUGUAAUCACAGUUAGUAUAAUAAUGGAUAAUAAAGUCUUUUAACUAUCCAUGGUAUUACAAAAAUCGUAACCGGAGACUGCGUUUAGGAUUAGCGGCCAAUCAAUCACAGACAUCGAAUUACUAGCUAUAUCUUGAACAACCGAACAAGUUCAAAGGAUUGGAUCAGGAAUGCUAAAAAUAUACCAAUUUAAUCAGCAAUUGCCAAGAGGGUUAGAAUUAGAACUGGCAGCUAAGAUUAGGGCUGGAAUUACCGCAGGGUUUUGGUUGUUCUGGUUAUCAUUAGAUUAGGCCCUGAUCAGUGCCCUGAUUGAUUAGGCUUGGAAACAGUGCUUGGAAAUCGAACGAAUGUGAUGGACAAAUAUGACAACGUGGGGGAAUGGGGCAAGUUAGGUUUUGUCACUUUUGUACUUUGUUUUGGUGUGAUGGCAAUAUGGCGGAUGUUGUAGAGGACGCCACGAAAACUGUAGCAGAACCCAGUUCUGAGCAACAUGAAGCCGAGGUAAAAACGUUCGAAGAAGCCCAGGCAGACGACAAUACGAUUGCCGAUGAAGUGGCAAAUGCUUCGAGCAACGAUCCGUCGUUGGAUGCGAGGGCACAACUUGCCAAUUUAAUAUCACUUGUACAUAGUAUUGAAUCAAGUACUGGCGAACCAGACCACAAGAAAGUUAUAUAUGAAGUCUUUGGAACGCUCGUUCGUGGGUAUUUCGACCUCGAGACAAAUUUUACCAUCAAGAACUCUCCCAAUUUGUUAAUUCUGCUGGAAUUGUUUCAAUACUGCGAUGCUUCCUUAUCGGUUGAAAUUCUUGGUUUUCUCAUAUCCAUCCUGAAGAGAAGCGUCACAAAUCUACAAAUUUGCACCAGUGUUGGGCUGAUUGAGCGGGUUGUUAAUCGGUUGCCAAACGAGACUGAUAUUGUUGCAGAUAAGUUCAUUGAAUUAGUUGGAGUUUUGGCAGCGUAUAGUAUCACAGUGAAAGAAUUGAAAAUCCUCUUUGCUGCGUUGAAAGGCGAAAAUGGACGAUGGCCUAAACAUGCUGCGAGACUACUGCAUGUACUCAAGGUUAUGCCGGACCGUCGUGGACCAGAUGUGUAUUUUGAUUUCACUGGAAACAACGGAGCAGCAAUUACUGUACCACCAAUUGCAAAGUGGCCUCAUCAACCUGGGUUCACAUUUUCAACCUGGGUUUGUCUUGACGCUUCUGUAAUCACGAAUGCCGAGAAGUGUCGGCCUUACUUGUAUUGUUUUCGUAACGGAAAAGGCAUUGGUUAUUCUGCGCACUUCUCUGGUCCCAUGCUUGUGAUUGAGUCUGCUGUACGCUCAACAAAACGGGAAAUACGUUAUGUCAGGCAUCUUGUUGGGCACCAGUUCCAUCCACAAAGGUGGUUUAUGCUUACUAUUGUCCAUACGUACAGUCGUUUUCGGUCAAGUGAAGUGAAAUGCUAUGUCAAUGGUGAACUCGUUUCUGGUGGAGACCUUACCAUGGCUCAAAUGAACGAGCCGCUCGAUAAAUGCUAUAUCGGCAGUUCUCCGAGUGCAGAUAUAAAGAGCGUCUUCCGUGGUCAAAUGGGAGCAGUGUAUUUAUUCACAGAUGCUCUGUCGUGGCCGGUCAUUCAAGCCAUCUAUCAUCUUGGACCAGGCUACAAGAACAAAUUCCAGUUCCAGUAUGAAAUUGACACGCCGUUGAGCGAGCAAGACAGAAAGGUUAUCUACGACGGAAAAUUGUCUGCCUCGAUAAUGUUCACGUACAAUCCAAUAGCAUGUGAUGGUCAGUUGUGUCUUGAGUCAUCUCCUGUCACAAACGCAUCCUAUUUUUGCGAAUCUCCACAUGCAUUGAUGUUGGAAGGUGUGCAAGCCGUUGUCACUCACUCGCUUCAAACGAGCCUACAUUCUCUUGGUGGAGUCCAGAUGUUGUUUCCACUGUUUGCGCAACUCGACUACAUUCACACAGAAAACCCGGAAGAUCGUGAAGCAGACAGGGAUAUUUGUACUUUGCUUCUUUCCCUGCUUUGCGAUUUCAUGAAGAAUUCCGAGACCAGUCAGCAACAAAUGAUCCAGGGACGUGGAUUCUACGUUGUUAGUUACUUGUUGGAAAAGUGCUCCGAUGCUGCCAUAUUGACAGAAGAAGCUUCGGAUUAUCUUCUUGCCUUGGCAAGGUUUCUGCUUUAUCAGCCAAGGAAAAUACGACUGCUUGGUACUUUGCUUGAUCACGUCUUGUUCAAUGCUAGAUUGUGGAUAAACACGCCAUUUAAGGUCCAGCUACACUUGUUCAGCGUGUUUGCCACAGAUCUUAUCUCGAACCCAGGUUGUCCAGAUUUGAUGCGACGCGAGGUGGGAGUAAAUAAGUUCAUUGACAUGCUACGAACGCAUUACUGGGUUGUCAAGCCAGAAAAUAUCCCGGAAUCCGGUGUCCCACGGCCAAGUAAAGAAGAGUUACUCUCACUUCGAGCAUUCAUAAUGGUUCUUAUAAAACAAAUGAUUGUUCAGGGUGACCGAAUCGAGGACUGUGAACUAGAAAGCAUAUUCUGUUAUCUAUGUGCAGUUAAAGAGGAAGAAAAUAUCGUGGACAUUUUGCAGUUUAUUCUUGAUCUGAUGUGUGAGAAACCUAUGGCCAUCAUUAUGGCAUUAGAUAGACUUGAGGGAAUCAGAGUAUUGUUUCGUUUCCUAUCAGCAGAGGACGAAGCCCUCAGAAUAUAUAGCCUUAAGUUAAUUGGUGCCUUUUUACGAUACUGUCCCAUGGAGAAGAAACUUUACGUCAUCCAGGAGUUUUCGCUGUUUUCUUUUAUUGGAGAGAAAUUAAAAGUGUUUGAACUCACGCUAACUUCUUACAACGCCCUUUACGAGGUUCUGACUGGAAGAGUUUACAAGCAAAUCCGCUUUGAUCGUCAUCCUGAACCUGAUUCAACGUAUUUACUUACCAAUCCAGGUUUCAUUCCUGUCAUGGUCGAGUUAAUUCUUGAAGAAGAAAGAAAACAAGACGACAGUAAAACAGACGAUGAUUCCGACGCUCGCCGUAGGAUAGACAUCAAAAGAGUAUUUCUCUCCGACUUGAUGCUCUUGUUAAAUCACAACCACAGCAAUUGCAGGUACUUUUUGCAGAUAUCAUGUUGGCAGGAUUUCUUGUUAUCUUUGGCCAAGUUCGAGCCUGAAUCUAAAGAACAGGUAAAGACAACAGAUACUGUAUUUUCUCUAAUUCGAUUGCUCCUUCACCAUGCACUUCAACACGAGGCGGAAGGAUGGAGAAUUUUUGUGGACACAUUGGCAAUCUUACACGGGCAGAUCUUCAAUCGAGGUUUAGCAAACAAGUGGGCUAAUGUAAUCGAGGACAUACCAUCUCAAGAACCGGGCGCGGAAAGCGAUCCACGCCCGUUGACAAGAACGCAGUCCACAAGUUCCAACGUCAGCGACUCCGGCAGGAAAAAGGCGGUGAACAUAGCUACGGUUGAUAUUCAACGGAAAAGCCAGGUACAAGAAACCGAUAAAGACAAGGAUUACCGAAAGCAGUUUUUUUACUCAAUCAUUCAAUCGUCGAAGGAGGAUGAGGAAAAUGCGGAAAGCAAAACUGAACAAAGCAUGGUUAAUGGAGAUCAUGAGCCCCCUGUAAAUGAUAGGGGAGAAGUAGUGAGUACAAACGACCGUCCUGGAGGAGAAGUGGAUUUAGGUGAUGAAGAAGAUGGGGCAGGAAGUGGUCAGAACUCCGCAGGGAAGAGCGAUGGCGGUAGCGAACAGGAGCAGGAAAACCGUACAAGCGACAACGAAGGGGACCCCGAAACGUUACCUGAAGACACAUCCAAUGCAAAUAAAUCUUCUAGUGAAAACAAUAAGGAGCCUGAAGAAGUUGAUGUUACGCAAGGGACUCAGGGAAGCUCUGCUAACGAUUCAGAGCCGGACGAUAAUGCAGGCAAAGAAGGUACGGCAACAAAAGAAGAGGCCGGAACGGAUCAUGGUGGUCAUGUUCACGAAGAAGGAACACCUGAUGAUGAUAGCGAAGUAGCUGUUGCUGACGAACUUGGCGAAAAGUCUUCAGAGAAAGAAGCUACCGCACUAGCAUUGGAAAACGAUUUGAAAAAACCUUCAGACGGGCCCAGUUCAAACGAAGGUGAUACACGCGUCGUUAAUAACGAAAACGAAACCUCCACUAGGGACAUUUCAACCGCAGAGCAACCUGCUCCUGAAAACAACGGGUUGCCCCAGGAGGCGAUGUCGCCCGAUGUCUCAAAAGCUCAUUCUAUCGAUAUAAGCAAGGCGACGAAUGGAAGUGAAAAACAGGGAAAAGAGGAGGGUGAUGCCUCUGAACCAACAUCUCCCACUUCACCCAGCAGUCCACACGAAUCGAGGCCACUCAUACCAGAAUUCCUUUGGUCACCAAUGCAUCAACGUUUACUGGCCGAUGUCCUCUUUGCCAUCGAAUCUGAUCUUCAAGUGUGGAGAAGUCACACUCGAAAGACCGUCGUGGACUUCGUUAAUGCGAAAGAAAACUUCAUCUACAUAUCAAAUCUGGCAUUUCUCAUUUCCGUUCUUGCGGACAGCAUGAUAUUUUGUUGCGGAGAUCUUUUGCCGUUGCUCUCCUCGGCAACAUCGCCCGACUUCUCACAAGAUGUUAUACAGCCGUGUGGGGGAAUGCAAUUGGAGACGGCGUUUUCUUUCUUGAACCGUGUCAUGAGCUUGGUCGACACUGUUGUCUAUACAAGUAAUUUUAGCUUCGGUGGUGUGGAAGUGAGCAGAAGUUUAAGUACCGGUGGUUUUCUGAGGCAGUGUACGAGACUCGCCCUUUGCUGUGCAGCAAGGAAUCGUUUAGUGUGUCGUCGUAAGCAGCAUCGUUACAUUCCGAUAGACAGAACGAGGUUAAGUUUUAAGACAAAGAAAGACACGCAGGACGCAAUAAAAGCGAUCAUCGCCUCAACCCAACCACCGACUGAUCAGAAUGUUGUACAAAACAUGCCUGGAUAUCUUACUACGAUCACUGAUCCGGAUAAGCUGUUGCAAGAUAUGGAUGUUCAUCGACUACGCGCAGCCAUAUAUCGUGAUUUUGAGGACAGUCGACACUCGCAAUUCUUGGCCAUUACUGUCGUGUAUUUCGUCGCAGUGCUCACCGUGUCAAAAUAUCGCGACAUUCUCGAGGAAGAGAAAGGUGAUCCUCCAAGCAGUCCAAAAUCAAAUGGCGAAACCUCUCCCCCAGAAGGUAAACGAAGUCGUAACACUGCCGCGGUUAACCUUGGCCCUGUACGUCAGUCCUCCAGCUCGUCGGAAGCAGGUAAAGCUGGUGCGGAAAAGAACGGUGAAAUGGAACACGUUGAUUUGGACAACCUCGGGAAGGAACCCUGUAGUCCGACGUUCACCAGUAGACUUUCAAAUCGAAUGAGCCUCUCCGAGAAACUCGAGUUGACGUUUGGGACGUCCGGGUUCCUUCUCCGCGAAAUUCUCUUGGAUUUCUGUUCAUUCCUGUCCAAGGUUCUCGUAGGCAGUCAUAACCAAGAGCUGCUAAUGGAAGGCUUGUCGUGCCUGAAGUCAGAAUCCGUCGUAGAACUUGUGAUGUUACUAUGCUCUCAGGAAUGGCAGAACUCGCUGCAGCGGCACGCCGGCUCGGCGUUCAUGGAUUUGAUCAACGAGGGUCGUAUGGUUUCCCAUGCGACGCGCGAGAGACUGGUUCUGACCACCAGCGAAGCACUGUUCAUUCUGCAGAAACUGAGAGAUGUCGAUGGUCAAAAGCAUGAAUUAUUUCAGACUGCGUCGGAUCUGGCCAACGACGUGUUCGUGCACAAGGGCUCGAUUCACGAUCAUAUAACAAGCGCCACUCGCGAGAAAGAUGAGAAUACUGCACGAAGACAGUUCCAAAAGAUCAUGGGUGUCAUUACCAGUGAAUACGGUGCGUGGAAGGAAAGUGAUAAACAAGCAACAAAGUUCAGACGAUUGGACAACUGGCAGGAUGACAUUGGGCGCCGUAUGCGAUUGGUUAAUAACCCCUAUGGUUCCACCCACCCAGAGGCCACUUUGCUGGAGGCGUUAGAGACGUACCACGCUAAGACAAACGAUGGCCACCAAGCUAUUCCCGCCAAUGUGAACAUCUCCAGCGAGGAAGAGCAACGUCCCGCUGAAGAAGAAGAUACCUCCGACAUGACUUCAAGCGAGAGUGAUGCGAAAGACCUGAGUCCACAUGAUCAUGUUGUUUUAACUGCGUCGUGUAAGAGUAUAUCACCGUGUAUUGCUGCUGUCGGCACCCUCACCAUUACAACCACCGCUGUAUAUUUCUCACUUGACGAAGAACAUUCGGAUAAUCUGAAGUUAGACCCAAAGGUAACCGUGUAUGCUGACUUUUUGCAUGGGAAGUGGUCUUUUGAGGACAUCAAAGCUGUUUUUUCAAGACGCUAUUUACUUCAAAAUUGUGGUGUGGAAAUAUUUCUUACGUCGCGGAACUCAGUGAUGUUUGUCUUCGAUGAUCAUCAAACCGUGCGAAAGGUGGUUCGGGCUUUGCCUGUCGUGGGGGUUGGACCUCAUUAUGGGUUAUUGCAAACAAGAGCGACGUCUUUGGCCAGUCCGAAACAACUGUUUCAGAAAUCAAAUAUGACUCAAAGAUGGCAACAAGGAGAGAUUUCUAAUUUCCAAUACCUUAUGUUCAUUAACAAGAUAGCGGGACGCACAUACAAUGAUUUGAACCAGUAUCCAGUCUUUCCGUGGGUGUUAAAAAACUUUACGUCUGAAAAAUUAGACCUCCAUGAUCCAAACAACUAUCGCGAUUUGUCAAAGCCAAUUGGCGCUUUAAAUCCAGAAAGACUCGGACAAUUUUUGGAUCGCUUCAAUUCCUGGGACAAAAGUGAAGACAUCCCGCCUUUCCAUUACGGCACGCACUACUCAACUUGUGGUUUUACCUUGGCUUGGUUGAUAAGGCUUGAGCCAUUUGCGAGUCAGUUUUUGAACAUGCAAGGUGGCAUGUUCGAUCACCCAGGACGCACUUUCUCCUCUUUGGCUUAUGCUUGGCAAAACUGUCAACGUGAUACAUCAGACGUGAAGGAGCUAAUUCCAGAGCUGUAUUAUUUGCCUGAGAUGUUCGUUAAUUCUAACAGGUUUCAAUUUGGAGUCGACGAUGACGGAAGAGUUAUCGAUGACGUUCAGUUACCUCCAUGGGCGAAUUCUCCCGAAGAUUUUAUUGCUAAACAUCGAGCUGCACUGGAGUCUGACAUUGUCUCGUCCAAUCUUCAUAAAUGGAUUGAUCUUAUUUUUGGUUUUAAACAAAGAGGAGUCGAGGCCGAGCGUGCUGUUAAUGUGUUCUUUUACCUAACAUACGAGGGAAGAGUGGAUCUAAACUCUAUACAGGACCAUGUCAUGAGAGAGGCUGUGGAACAACAGAUUAAAAGCUUUGGCCAGACACCAGCUCAACUCCUUACUGAACCACACCAGCCUCGCCUGUACCGCAAGAUACCAGAAGGAUUCGACUACAGUAAAUGUGCGUACCUGGAAUUUAGUAUCACACCAAGUAUUCCGGUAACCCAAAUUGCUCUAAACAUAUCGGUGCCGCAAUUUCCUGGGCUAGUGGCAAUAAGCUGUAACCAGUGCUUCUCUUUCAAUAGAUGGAUAAGCCUAUCAGGUCCUCCAGGAGAAACGCCUUUACAAAAUAUCCAAAUUGAACCGGAUCCUUUGAUUGGUUCCAAAACUGUCCAUCCUAGCCGUCUUCUCGGCGAACCAUUGGACCAAUCGGUUACCCCCACUUCAUCUUGUUUCUCUGUCACCGCUGAUAAUCGUUUUAUAAUCGCCUGUGGAUACUGGGAUAAGAGCUUCAAGAUUUUCUCUACAGAUACCGGUAAGCUUCAUCAGUGCGUGUUUGGUCAUUGGGACGUCGUUACUAGUUUGUCGUAUGCCAUCGAUGCCAUUGGCCAGAAUGCUAACGAUGCAAUUAUUGUUUCUGGCUCACGUGAUGCGACCCUGCUCGUGUGGCAUUGGAACGAUAAACAGCAGCGGAUAUCCGCUAAUGGCAGACCAGGCGAUUCAGCCUCCCCGCGUGCCAUUCUCACCGGUCAUGAGACUGCUGUACUUUGUGUCGCAGUGAGCUCGUCUUUAGGAUUGGUUGUCAGUGGUUCACAAGAUGGUUCGUUCUUACUGCACACGCUAAUGGGUGAACUUUUGUGUACUUUGGUGGAGCCGUCAAGCUGCAGCCAUCCCAUUGCCGUCACAAUAUCGGGUGAAGGAUAUAUUCUUGCCACAUAUGCAGACAAAAAAGGUGUUUUAGCAUUGUUUUCGGUGAAUGGAAAACAUCUUGCAAGCUCAGCGCUGGAAGAUCAGGUUCUAGUGUCGUGCUUCUCACGAGAUGGUAAUUUCUUUUUGACUGGUGGAUUUAGUAAGACAGUUUCAGUCUGGCGCACCAGGGACAUGCAAAAGGUGCAUUCAUUUCCACCAUAUGGGAGCAGUAUACGUACAAUGUCUUUGUCAGAAGAUUGCAAAUGUUUGGCUGUUGGUUUAGCAUCAGGAAAAGUUAUAGUUUUGGAAAUGGAAUUCAGUAGAUGGUCUCUAACAUAGUUAUUUAUUGAAAUAUAGUUCAAUUAGGUUCGUAGUAAAUGAUGAAGAAUGAUCCAUGCAAUGACAGUGCGAGAUAGUUGUGGCUUGUGGCCAAAAGUAGUAGUUGUGCCUGUUAUGACACUCACAUUUAAUAGUCUUUUUGAAGAUGUCCAACUAUUAGAAUUGUUUGCUGCAAUUUAACCGAUUGAAAAACUAGGAUCUAUACAUUUCACAUUCCUGUUGGUUAGUUAGCAAUGUUGAUGCGAGCAUUCGGCAUAUCACUUAUGACACUAUCACGUGAUUUCAAUUUUAUUAUCGCCACGUGACUGACUACGUUAUGCAGAAAACUUUACAAGGGCUGUUUUAUUGGAUAAGGAGAAAUUUUGCGCGUGGAUUUGCGUCUCGUUUUAUAUAGUUAACUCGUGUAGAUAUUAGCGUCCUUACUAUACAAUAUUGCUAUCGAAUGCUUCGAGCUUUCAAUUUUCUGCUAUCUUAGCCUAUAUGACUUCGAAACAAUCCAUGUCAAAUUAAAACAAAAGUAACGAUCUCCCUCAGCAACAUUUAUUUGUUAUAUAUAGAACAAUUUCAAGCUACACCGCACUGCCGUACAAAAAAGGCUGAAGACGUUUUUAAAGGAAAAUAUUGCAGUUAAAUUUUUCUGUCACACGUGCAAGAUUUUAAUAAUACUUUUACAAAAAGUUGUUAAAAUUUUUUUACAAAUUCUCAUUCAUUUCCUUUGGGAUACUUGUGAACAAAUAUCAAAUAGUUGACGAUAGAUACGCGUAUCCAAGAUGGCUGAGAACGUAACCAUUCAUUCGAAAACGUUGUAAACUUAAUUAACUGAGUAUGCCUAUAACUAUGCUUAUGACGUUCUACUAAUAAGGAGAAUUUUUAUUUCUAUUUCCUUCGAGAGUAUCAAUUCCUUACCAUCCGCCGAUGUACAUGCAUGCACAUGAUAAAUUUUAUACUCGUCGUUCAGCUUGAAACCAGUUCACAUGCAUAAGAAAUUUUAUACUUAUAGUACAGCAAUAAACCCCUCUAUAAUUUAUAUUACUAUACGCGUCCACACGGACCACGCCAAUCUAAAUGAGUCAAAAAAUUUCCCAUAAGAGAUAAAACGAAGCUUUUCAUGCAGUAAUUUUAAGUACUUUGUAAUAGCCAAAUGCAUGCAUAGUAUAAUUAUGAACGCGAAAAGCGACACGCUGCUAACGUGAACAAUAUUUAGACAGGUAAAUGUGUUGAAAUGUAUAGCAUUGCGUGUGAAUGUAGCUACUAGGAUUUUAGAUACGCGUCGUGUAAACUUUUACUCUUACCGAAAUAAAUUCAUUU